CUUAUUCAUCAAUAUCGACAGAGUAAAAAAAUCUACUAUUGAAAAUAGUGUAAAAACUGUACCAUAAAUACUCCGGUCAUGAAAUACAUAGUUGCUUCGGAAUAAAAAAUAUGAAUAUGGAAGAAUCCGUGCAGAUUAAGCUAGAAAUAGAAGAUUUCGAGCUGUCGGAAGCUCCGUGCCUUGACGCUACCGAUCAUAUAUUCGAUAAACUAGGGCAAAACGAUGUCGCUGAAACUAAACCAGCGGAAAUACAUUUUUUGGAUGGCUCGGAUGCGAGCUGUGGGACAGAGAAAAAGAGAACUCGGCCGUCGAAAGGAUCAGACAUCGAGCAACUAGCAAUUGAUUUGAAAAGGUACAAUGCAUCGGAUCAAAAGGAAAGAAAUCUCACAAUCUCAUACACGCAAGAUGACGCCUUGAACAGUUCGCAGCUUCCACCCGCAAUGUCAACCAGCGAUUCCACACAACCCUUCGAAUGCGAGCUAUGCGGCAAACGAUUCAGUCGAAAGAAGGGCUUAAGCGAUCACGUCCGAACACAUGUACGGCAUUUCAGUUGCACUAUCUGCGGUAAUACAUUCUCUAAGAAAUGCGAUAUGCUGCGUCAUCUAUACACUCACACCGAUAAACCGUAUAUGUGCACCGUAUGUGGCAAAUAUUUUAGCUACAAAAAUAAGCUAACCAAUCACAUGGUCGGUCAUACGAGUGAGCGGCCCUACCUAUGCGACGUGUGUGGCAAACAUUUUAUCCAUCAACCAAGUCUGAGCAAACACAUGCUGCUUCAUACGGGUGAACGGCCAUACAAUUGCACUGUGUGUGGCAAAGGUUUUACCCUCAAAGCGAACCUAUCCGCACACUUGCACAUUCACAGGAGUGAGCGGCCUUACAAAUGCACCGUUUGUGGCAAAGAUUUUACCCACAAACAUAAGCUGAACAAACACAUGGUCAGUCAUACGAAUGACCGACCUUACAGGUGCACUAUGUGUGAUAAAAGUUAUAACUAUCAAACUACCCUCAACAGACACUUGGUCAUUCACACAGGCGAGCUGCCUUUCAAAUGCACCGAGUGUGGCAGAGAUUUUGCCACAAAUUAUAAGCUAAUUAAACACAUGGUUACUCACACACGCGACUGGCCUUUCAAAUGCACGAUAUGUAGUAAAGGUUAUGCUCACGAAUAUAAGCUGACCAGACACAUGUUCCUUCAUACGGGUGAUUGGCCGUUCAAGUGCACGACGUGUGGCAAAGGUUUUGCCUGUGCAGCGGACAUGACGCAACACACGCUCCUUCAUACGGGUGAACGACCUUAUCAGUGCACUGUUUGUGGAAAAGGUUUCAUGUAUAAACAAUAUCUGAGCACACACAUGCGAUUUCAUAUGAAUGAGCGGUCUUACAAGUGUGCAGUGUGUGACAGAAGUUUUAACCUUCCCUCUGACCGCAAAAGGCACAUGAACAGUCAUACUCGUGAUCAGAGUUAAAAAUAUACAAAUUCAUUGAAUGAAAAUUGAUCGUAUUCAGCCGCAUUCAUUUUCAAUAUUCAGUGACGCAGCUGAAAACGUCAAACGAACAAACCGCCCAUUCAUCCAUGCAGAUUUUCAUUCAUCUCCGAUUAUUACACGAAGCGACUGUACAACAACGAAUUAAACGCAUCAAAGUAGGCCGUGGCACAAUGUAAGCGAUGAUGAUUGUUGUUUUAUAUGCUUUACCGGCAUUUGAGAACAUUUUCCUAGAUAAUUAGUGAAAUGAAUAUACUGUACGAUAUUCAACUGAAUGAAUAGCAUAGAUAUUUGAAUGAAUAUUUUUUCUAUUCACCGCGAGUCGCAUCAGGUUCAUUAUCAGCCGUCAAAAAAGAGCUUCGAUUAUUUUUAACUGCUCGUGACUGGCCUUACAAGUGCACUAUAUGUGGGAAAGGUUUUUUUGAUAAUUGUAAGCUGGACAAACAUAUGCUCGUUCAUAACCGGUGAGUGCCAGCUCAAGUGGUUUGUGUGUAGCGAAUGUUUUCUGCACCAAGCUAGUCUAACCACACACAUGUCAGUUUUGAUGUAGGUGUGGCAAAGGAUUCAUUGCCGAGUGUUGCGUUUAUAUCGCUGACGUCAGACAUGCGUAGCCGACGGAGCACGGGACUUAAGGUAAUAAUUUGAUUCAAAAUAAAGUGUUUAUUAUGAUACCCAUCUCGUUUACUUCCACAUCGCCACAAAGUGGGGACGAGUCCGUGAAAAGUUGUAUCAAUUGCUUGUAUUUCAAACGAAAAAUGGGUAGAGAAACGUAUUCUGGUUGCAGUUGAAAGCUGGAAAAUCCAACCAGCGACAAUCGUAUUUUCUCUGGUUCUAAACAAUGGAAUCACGUCGGAAAUAGUGCGCCAUAUUCGUACAAUGAUGCGCUAUACAGCGUACUACUUCCAGCAUCAUGAAUUAGCAUUAAACAAACGAAAAAAACGAUUGCGCUGGUUGGAUGUUCCAGGUUUCAACUGUGAAGAUAAUAUCAUUUGCAAAUCUCGAGAUUGCUAUACCGCUACCUCCAAAUCCAACUGAUGCUGAUGAUCUACUUGACCUUGUUGUGUAACUGCGUUAUUUUGUUACCCCACUUAAGGGGUAAAACAAUUAAGAGUGUAACGUUCGAAAUCGAACCCAAUUGUGGGUAUCGAUAAAUUAGCGUACAUUGAUACAUCACGUUUGACAGUUGAAUCGUUCGUUUGUUCAAAUUAUUGUUUA